CGCGUGUCAAAGUUGACAAGUAUUUUUGAUGUACAAAUUAUAAGGAGAAAGUGCAAAACACACGCUCUCAAGAAAUAGCUUCAGAUUUAGGCUAAAAUGGCAACCCAGAAAGGGAAGAAGACGGUGCUAAAAUUCGACUCCGAAGAAGAUGUAUCAAAGGCACUUGCUAAAUACACUGCUGAGCUAUCGGAAAAAUUCAUCAAACAAAAAGGUUCUUUCACUGUUGUGCUCUCUGGUGGUUCUCUUAUCGAUACCAUGAGGAAAUUGGUAGAGCCGCCGUACAAAGACUCAAUUGAUUGGUCGAAAUGGUGGAUUUUUUGGGUAGACGAAAGAGUGGUUCCUCUAGGUCACGAUGAUAGCAAUUACAAACUUGCUUCGGAUGGGUUUCUUUCUAAGGUUCCGAUCCCCUCUUCUAACAUUUAUGCGAUUAAUGACAAGGAGUCACCUGAGGGUGCAGCUGCUGAUUACGAAGCUCGUCUGAAACAAUUGAUCGAGAGCAAAGUUCUUCCGUUAUCAGCAAUUACUGGAUUCCCCAAAUUUGAUCUUAUGCUAUUAGGUAUGGGGCCAGAUGGACAUGUAGCGUCUUUGUUUCCUUCGCGUCCUCACCGCCAUGAGAAGGAGCGGCUGGUCACCUUCAUUACAGACUCACCAAAACCUCCUCCACCAAGGAUUACUUUCACCUUUCCGGUAAUUAAUUCGGCUUCAGAGAUAGCAAUGGUGGUCACAGGAGCAGAAUUAGCUCAUAUGGUUGAUGUCGCUUUGGGUAAUGCGCCUCCUCCUGAUGGAAUUCCUCCCCCUUGUACUGAGGUUUCAGCUGAAGAGGAACUGACCUGGUUUUUAGACAAGGAUGCUGCAUCAAAACUACAGACCUCUAGAUGAUUAUGUUAUCCUUGUGAUAUAGUUAAUAAGUGUAAUCCAAAUAGGACAUGAGCAUAAAGUUUGGUGCCCCUUGAAUGUGUUGCCUAGUAAUGGUUAACCAUCCUUGCUUGGUAGUUGGUACUUAUUCUACCUUUAACUUUAUCCUCUAGAAGGUAAAAGUUAGGUAAGAUAUGAAGAAUUGCAUAUUCUAUAAGGUUUGGUAACGUCUCUUUGCGAACUGAGAUCCAUGAUCAGAAUAUAAUACAUUGGUAUUCAGUAUUGUACUGGCGAGCCGUGAUUAAACAGGACAUGAUCUUAGAUAUAAGAAGUUAUGGAGGACAUAGAUUAGUGUAGGAUGAUAGUAGGUAGUUUAGCAUUGGCUGGUAGUUUGUUGUCCUUCAAUCCAUGGGUGCUACUUUCUACCGUCUCUUUUACUUCGAUUAUCGCACUAUUUCAUUGUGGUUUUUUUUCUUUGACAUGUUCUCUAUCGUAGCUACUUUGUUAUGCUGGUCUAUCAGGAACAUGCUCUCCAUCUUUACGAGGUAGUGAUAGAACUUGUGUACAUUCUAUGCUCUCCAGAUCCCACUUGUGGGUAUGUUGUUGUUGUUGUUGAGACUAUGACCAUCAAGCUUUUCUGAUUCUCUUCUAGCUUACAGAAGAUGGAGGAUGGAGGAUGGAGAAAAUGGUAGUGCUUCCCUUGCUCCCUUCUCGACACAAAAAACAACUUAUUCUUUAAGCCUUUUGGUAUUCAGAAGUUCUAGUGGUGAGUGAAAGGUAUGUUCUUGAUUACAACUACUUAUAUGUGCAAAGGUUUUAAUUGGUGUUACUGUCAAAUGUAAUGGACGAAAAUUGCUUGUGAUGCUUUCCUAUUUCAUGAGUAAUCACUGAUUCAUUUCAA